AGAGGCACUACCACUGUCACUGAUGGACUUGGCUUUGGCCUCUUGGAGGCAGCUGUCAUUGGCUCUGUCAGGCAUGGGGAAAGCUUCUAGCAGCUUCUCACAGAAGCCACCCCUUGUAGCCCCCCUACUACCAAAACCUUGCAACACAAACCCAAAAGAAAAUGUGAAUAUAAUGGCUGAUGGUUUCAAUGUAUAUUGUCUUUCUGUAUUGUUUCUUUGUCUGAACUGUCAUUUCAGGAAAAUGAUCUCUAUAACUUUCAUUUUGAUUUGGAUUUGAUGUCUUGGGACUCAGACCUUUGGAAUAUUACAGGCCAUGCUUAUACAGAUGCAAGCUUGAAGACAGAACCUUUAUCACCAGCCACUUCAAAUUGUUCAGUCCCUUCUCCAUCAUCUGUGGACUCUCCAGUGCAGAAUGUGCCUGAUGAUGUGGACUUCAGCUGUAGCUCCCAGAUGUCUCCCAUCUCUCUCUACAGCAAGAGUUGCAGAAGUCCUGCAUCCCCUGCGGGAGAUGGAGGCAAGAAGCCUACUGUCAGCAUCACUUCUCGGUCUGCAAAUAAUUCUUCUGCGAGGACCCUGAAGAGAUGUAGUCAGACAGCGUCCAGGCCUUUGAUCCAACCGAAGCCCCUUUUGCCUGCUGUACCUGAAGCUCAGGCUAAUAUUGGCAUCCCAGCUAAAACCAUCAUUAUUCAGACUCUUCCCACGCUUGUGCCACUGCCAAAGCAUCAGCCAGUUGUUAACAUCCAGCCAGCACCUCCUAAAGGUCAAUCGGUGGUGCUCCCCCAGCCCACUGUGGUACAGCUCCAGGCUUCUGGGGUGCUUCCUGCCUCCCAGCCAGUCAUUGCUGUCACUGGAGGGACCAUGCCAUUUCACAAUCAUAGGGUGAAUACGUUGCCUCCAACUGCUGGAAAUGGCUCAACGAACAGCAAAAUACCAGUGACUAAGCCCUUGCUUCAAAGUACCACACCAGCAAUUGGGACAGAUGUCAAUGUCUUGAGACGGCAGCAGCGCAUUAUCAAAAACCGGGAGUCAGCCUUUCAGUCACGGAAGAAAAAGAAAGAAUACAUGUUGGGACUGGAGGCAAGGCUGGAGGCAGCCUUAUUGGAGAAUGAGAAACUCAAGAAAGAAAACAGCACACUGAAGAGGCAGUUGGAUGAAGUAGUAUUAGAGAACCAGAAGCUCAAAGUAUCAUCCCCAAAGAGAAGGACCCUGUGUGUGAUGGUGAUACUGGCAUUCAUAAUGUUGAAUUAUGGUCCCCUGAGUGUAUUCGAAAAGGAUCCCAAUGGAGUUAGUUCCAUGGCAAGUUCCAGCCACCGGACAAGAAAUCUUCUGGAGUUCUCAGCUAGCCAGGAGUCCAGCACAGCUCAGAAAAUACCUGGGGACAUCAUUCCUGAGAAGAGUAAUAGGUAUGAUCGUUCUGUGUCUGAUAACAAAGCAUUGAUGAUAGUCUCAGAAGAACCACUGUUAUAUAUUUCACCACCCCACCCCCCCUGUCAGCCCCUGAUCAACCGAACAGAGUCCCUCAGGCUGAAUCAUGAACUUCGAGGAUGGGUUCAUAGACAUGAAGUGGAACGAACAAGAUCUAGAAGGUUGUCAAAGAACCAUCAGCAGAAAGCACGGGUUUUGCAGAGCUCCCUCAGUGAGAAGGCAGAUUCCCAGCUAAUGGCCAUGCCUUACACAGACACCAGCCUCAGCAGGAACUCAGGGAAUGAGCUGCAGGUGUAUUAUGCCUCUCCAAGGAGCUAUCAAGAUUUUUUUGAAGCUAUUCACAGAAGAGAAGAUACUUUCUACGUGGUAUCAUUUCGCAGAGACCACCUGUUAUUGCCAGCCACCACGCAUAACAAGACCAGAAGACCAAAGAUGUCUAUAGUGUUGCCAGCUGUAAACAUCAAUGAGAAUGUUAUCAAUGGGCAGGACUACGAGGUGAUGAUGCAGAUCGACUGCGAAGUGAUGGACACCAGGAUCCUCCACAUCAAAAGUUCCUCUGUUCCUCCAUACCUCCGAGAGCAGCGCAGGAAUCACACUGACACCUUCUACAGCGCGUCUCCCUCUGUCCCGGAGACGCCUCAUGCCCUGCGGGCUAUUGUCAAAUCCCUGCAGUAGCUCCUGCAGCACAGGGACACGGCCCAUGUGCCUGGCAUGCAGCAGGUCUGCUGCCAGACUGCGCCUCUUCACUGGCAGGGCCCUAGGGCUCCAGGAAUGUUGGCACAGCCAGGGCAGCCCCAGCUUAGCCCAUUCCUGUGCCUGACCCUGCCCGACGGCCGCGCCCUGCCAGGGGUUAUACAGCUGGGAGGCCAUGCCCUGUGCGAUGCCUGGUGCCAGGGAUGUCAGUGAGGCGCGCUGCUGCAGUCCUGGGGUCCACAGCAACAGCUGGUGCCCAGGAGCCACAUGGGCCGUCCUUGCUACUUAUGCACUGUCCAAAAUUGUGGGUUGUUUUUUUGGGUUGCUCUGGUUUGUUUUGUUUUGUUUUCGUCCCUGUUAAACCUGAGGUGGGGUGCCAAGUGCUGAGGUCCUGCCCAGAGACACCAUUGCUUGAGAGCAGGCUUCCCUCCCUGCAGCGUGCGGGGAGGCAGCCUCGGGGAGCAGUGUCCAGCUCCCAGCUGUGGAUGCAGGGGGAGCUGCAGUCCUGCACACCAUGCCAGGCCUGCCACACCAGCCCUAGCCCUGUGCCCCAGGAGCAGGAGCAUCCCUCCUCUGCCAGAGUGGCUGUGCUGGGCCUGGCUCCUUGUCACACCCAUGCACACCCACAUGCCAGCCCCCAGUCCCUGCCCCUGCAGUCACCUUGCCAGGCAGCAGUGGGCUGUUGCCCAAGGUUGUGGCAGUGCCACAGGGCUGGCCCAGCCCCAGCAGGAUGGUGGGAACCCAUACAGCCAAAGCACUGCAAAUAGAAUAAACCAUUCCCACGGAUCACCCUGCCAGGGGAGUCCUGUGGUUAGACCCCUGGGUGC